GACAGACGGGUGAUUUUAGGCUACAUUAAUUCCCGAACCUUCUCUAAUUGUUUCGUGACUUAAAGAACAAGAAAAAGAAAUGGACUUUUUUUUGUUUGGCAAUGGUUCGGCUUUGUUCUUCCUCCGUCUGCCAAUUCGUUCAUCCAUACGAUUACGAUUGAUUGAAAAUCAAAGGAUUAUUUGAUUAAUUCCCGAAGAUAAAUUUGGAAAUCUAGUUUUCAAUCCCACUUCUUCUAUUUUUGAGUUUGGAAUUAGGUUAAACCCUAAUUCAUCUUUGAUCUUUGAUCUUCUGGUUGUUUUUCUUUAUGGGCUCUGAUUCCUCUACAUCUCUUGCACCGGGGUUUCGAUUUCACCCCACUGACGAGGAAAUUGUGCGAUAUUACCUUAGGCGCAAGGUUUCUGGCAAGUCUCUUCGUUUUGAUCCCAUCUCCGUCACUGAAAUUUAUAAAUCGGAGCCUUGGGACCUUCCUGGGAAGUCGAAGCUGAAGACUAGGGACUUGGAGUGGUAUUUUUUCAGUCCUUUGGAUAAGAAGUAUGGUAACAGUUCGAGGACGAACAGAGCUACUGAGCAUGGGUACUGGAAGACGACUGGGAAGGAUCGGCCGGUCCGACAUAACUCCCGAGUGGUUGGAAUGAAGAAGACUCUUGUUUACCACAGUGGCCGGGCGCCUCGUGGGGCUCGCAGCAAUUGGGUGAUGCAUGAAUAUAGACUUACCGAUGAGGAUUUGGAGAAAGCUGGGGUUGUGCAGGAUGCUUAUGUUCUUUGCAGGAUAUUUCAAAAAAGUGGUUCAGGCCCUAAGAAUGGAGAACAAUAUGGAGCUCCAUUUAUUGAAGAGGAGUGGGAGGAUGACGAAGAGUUAACUGUGCCUGGCGAGGAGGUAGUGGCCAAUGAAGGGUUAGUUGAUGUUGAUGAUUAUAUGCAUUUUGAAGUGGAUGAUAUUGCUCAGUAUUUUGAUGGAGAACUUCCAGGUGAAGAUGUGCAACGUCCGUUGACUUAUCCUCAGGAGACUAUCAAUCACGUUGAGCUACCCAAUGUGCUUGUUGAAAAUGAUAAUAAACCAGAAGUAUGUGCAGGUGCUUCCUUUGAGCUACAGCCUAGCCUCAAUUUCUUUCAAUUACCAGAGCAAUAUGGAAGGGGAGAAAGUUCUGAAAAGGACGAGCAUUUUGCUGAAUCAAGUGGUAAUCUUGCUGAAUCAAGUGCCAAUUUUAAUCAAGAGGAUAUCGAUUACUUACUAGACGAGCCUUACCCAAGUGUUCCAGAUGAUCUUGCCCUCAUUGAGGAAUUAUUCCUGGAGACCAAUGAUCUUUCAAAUCCAGUUGAAUCUGAUCCAUCUGCGCUGGAUGUGCUUGAAGAGUAUCUUACAUUCUUUGAUGCAGAUGAUAACUUACAGCUGGCUUUUGACCCAUCAGAUAUUUUUGGUAGUGAAGAACCUAUUUCUAGCCAAACAAUUUCCGAAGAGAAAGUGAACGAAGUAGCAGAAAAAGAGUUCAUGGCUGCUAAACAGUCGUCCGUAACUUUCCUAAAUGAUGCAUCUACUUCAAAGCAAAACCCCAAGGCUAUUGAAACAGGUUCAGAUUCAAAAUCACCUUUCUUCAAACGUGCAAGUUACAUGUUAGGAAACAUCCCUGCCCCUCCUGCAUUUGCUUCAGAGUAUCCAUCAAAAGAUAUGGCCAUUCGGCUGAACUCGGCAGCACAGACUUCCAGUUCAGUUCAUGUAACUGCUGGCAUGAUCCAUAUAAGAAACUUGACAUCAAAUGGCGACCUGGUGAACAACCCCUUGUAUGGAAAGAACGCGGAUGUCAACCUCAUCCUUUCUUUUGCUCAACAUCAACACCAAGUUGAAAGUGAUCACCAAUCUGAGAAGAAUGGGAUUAUCGUUGGGUCACGAGGGUUCUUAUUCUUCUUUCUGCUUUUCUGGGUUCUAAUACUUUCGGUGAGCUUUAAAGUUGGGAGUUGCAUAUAUUCCCAUUGAUGAAGAAAACAAUCAAAACAUUAUCUGUGGUAAUGAAUAAAAGCUCCUCCUCUCAAUCAAAACAUUUCCCAUUGAUGAAGAAAACAAUCAAAACAUUGCCUAUUUGUUACUGCCACUGGAAUGCUAUUUAAACCGAGGGGGACUGGAAACUUGGAACGUGCUACCACCUCCGCCCCGAUCUCCGGGGUAUGCCUUUUAGCUCAAUAUUCUUUUGUUUACAGAGGUAUUCGAAACACAGAUAGUUGGAUGGGGAGGUAAUAGGGAACAUUUAUACAUACUGCAUAUAUUACAUUACUCAGGUCAUAUUUGGGUUUCUUUUUGGUGUCUUGAUCUCGAAACCUUAUUUUGUUUUCAUGGUUAUAGGGUAUAUAAUAUAUAAUAUAAUAUAUAUAUGAGAAAUGGGAAUAGAAGCUUUCAUCA